AUGACAGGUGCCCUGAAGAAGCACCUUGAGCUGCUGAGCGUUUUUCAGUGGGUUAUGACCUUCCUCUUCUUCGGUGCCUUCUUCACGUCCCUGCUGUUCUACCUGCUCUUCACCCGCCUCUGGGCCGUCUCUGUGCUGUACUUCGUGUGGUGGGUGCUCGACCGCGACACCCCAGAGAGAGGCGGACGGCGCUCAGACUGGAUGCGACGCUGGCGAGUCUGGCAGCAUUUGACUGAUUAUUACCCUGUCAAGCUGGUGAAGACGGUGGCUCUGCCCCCCGACCGGAGCUACGUGCUGGGCUCCCACCCCCACGGCAUCAUGUGCGCGGGGGCCGCGGCCGCCUUCUGCACCGAGGGCCCCGGCUUCUCCCAGCUCUUCCCCGGCCUACGGCCCAGCCUGGCGCUGCUGGCUGGACUCUUCCGCCUGCCCCUCUACCGCGAGUACAUGAUGGGCUUCGGGAUGUGCCCCGUGAGCCGCCCCAGCCUGGAUUUCCUGCUUGCCCGGCCUGGCAACGCGGUGGUGAUCGUGGUGGGGGGCGCGGCCGAGUCGCUGGACUGCGCCCCCGGGCAGCACCGCGUCACCCUGCGACGCCGCACCGGCUUCGUGCGCCUGGCGCUGCAGCACGGGUCCGCCCUGGUGCCCGUCUAUUCCUUCGGGGAGAACGAGCUCUUCCGGCAGCUCGUCUUCCCGCCGGGCAGCCGGCUGCGGCGCCUGCAGCUCCGCUUCAAGGACCUGACGGGCUUCGCGCCCUGCCUCUUCUGGGGGCGUGGGCCGCUGCCCUCGCCCUCGCCCGUCACCGUCGUGGUGGGGAGCCCCAUCCUGGUGCCGCGCCGCCCCCACCCCACCCAGGCCGAGGUCGCUCACUACCACGGGCUCUACGUGGAGCAGCUGUGCCAGCUCUUCGACCGCCACAAAGUCAGCUGUGGGGUGCCAGCCUCCUGCCGGCUCAGCGUGGCCUAG